AUGGUCACGUCGUACAGCUUCAGCACGCUCCCCGCCGAGCUCCUAAGCCGAGUCGCCGAGCUCGUCCACGAGCAGGACGUCGCGUUCGCCAAGCUCCUCGAGGUCGACCCGAUCAAGCGCGCCGACUCGCCGCCCACCCAGCGAGACCUCGAGCUUGACAUCGUGUCCGGCUUGUGGAGCUACUGGUACGGUCGCGGCAUCAAGGCGUUGGCUCGAGUCGACCGGGCGACGAGGGCUGCGGCGCUUCCGCACUUGUACCAGAACAUCACGGCGAAGCAGACGCACACGUCAUGGUUCCGCUACGAGGUGCUCGGCGAGGACCUCGCUCAGCACGUCCGCCAUCUCGAGAUCACCGACAACGACUUGGUCCUCCCCAAGCUGGCAGAGUCGGUCGCCUGCGCGUUGCGCAGACUGCCCAACCUGUCGUCGCUCGUGCUCGGGUACUGCGCGCUCGCCAAGCUCGACGACCCGCAGCCGGGUGUCAAGGCGAGCCAGCGCGACGCCAUGCUCCGCGGCGCACUGCGGGUCGCGCUCGGCAAGGUCACGUCGCUCCAGCUCGACCACCCGGACGUCGAGCGCUUCCUCGCCGCGCUCCGCUACGCGAGCGGGUCCCGACUGCGACGGCUGUGCCUGACGGGCCCGCGGUGGAAAACCUCGCGACGCGCCGAGGUCCGAGCGGUCUGCCGCGGCCUUGUCGGCCUCGUCGAGCUCGAGAUCAACCACCUGUCGGACGACACGAGCGCCGCCAUGCGUCGAGACCUACGGCUGCCGUCGGUGCGCUCCGUCGUCCUCGCGACCGGCCUGUCCUACGAGGACGACCUCGCCCUCGCCCACUUCAUCGCCCCCUCGAUCACGUACCUCGCGAUCUACAACCCCAUCUGCGCAGACGAGAUUUCCGCCCCCGAGUCCGAGGUUCCCUCGCCCUCGCCCCUCCUGCCGACCUUGCGCACGAUCGCCCUCGACUGCGACUUUUACCGCGACGACUUGCACGAGAUCACCCUCCCCAGCCUCGAGCACUACGACCUCUCGGUCAGGUACGACAGCUCGUCGUUCCCACUCGACCUCGACGAGAUGCCGUUCGACAGCCCCCACCUGCGCACCAUCACCGUCUCUCUUCGCCCGCUCUACCUCGACGAGCCGCACAGGGCGUUCGAGGACACGUGCGCCGCAGCCGGCGUCCGCCUCGUCGUCCACACGCGUCCCUUCGACAGCGACGUCAUCGCCGACACCAAGUCGUUCGUCAUCGACUGGUCGUCCGACCCGCCCAUUUCCCCGAGCACGUCGCACGGCGCCGUCCUCAAGCAGCUGUUCGACUGGGCCGGCCGUCGCGCGCAGUGGCUGUCCGACGUCGGCGAUGCGGCGGGGCUCAGGGAGCUCGCCGACGCGGCGGUCCGCCUGCAGGAGCGGCGCAUCAUCGAGGGCAGCUGA